AUGGUUGACGAUGAGCCAGAUGAAAAGAUUUUCGUGAUAAAGACAGUCCCAGAAGGCCAGAAUUCAGGAAAGCCAACAGUUUUACUGGCAGGCACUCCACAGGAGAAGGAAAUAUGGGUCUCGGCGGUCCAGCAUGCAGCGAAGGUGUAUGUGAAGCAGAAGGCAAGAAAGGAAGAAACAGUCUUCACCAGGUUCCAGAGGAAAUCGAAGAAGCUUUACGAAAGUAGCCUCUCUCAGAUCUUCUUCUCCUCGGUCAUCAUGGCCUCGUUUGUCACCGCCAUCAUGUCAGCCCAACAACAAACGAAAUCGAGCUCUGCCAGUGCCGGUGUGCUCGGGACCCUCGAGAUUUGUUUCCUCUUGGUCUUCUGCUUGGAGCUGAUAUGGAACCUUUUGAGCAACUGGUUUUGGAACUUUGUGUCAGAUGGAUGGAACCUUUUAGAUUUCUUCGUGGUUGCUGUUUCCGUCAUGUCAGAGAUUGUCCAAGGGAUUCCCGGCCUGAACGCUCUUCGUCUCAUCCGAAUCUUCAAGAUGAUUCGAGUCUUCAGGAUGCUGUACUCCUUCCGCGUCCUCAUCAAUGCCUUGUCCUCCUCCGUCGUUCCAGUCCUCAACGCCUUCGCCAUCCUCCUGAUAGUUACUUCCAUCUUCGCCAUCAUAGCAACAAAACUGUUUGCUGUGAAGGAGGAAGACUUCUUCGGAGACUUCUUCAAAUCCAUGUUCACCCUCUUUCAAAUGGCAACAGGAGAUUCAUGGGCCUCGGCGGUUGUAAGGUCACUAUUUGAUGGGAAACCGACCGAAAACUUUCUGAUCGGGCUGUUUUUCGUUGUCUACAUGCUCAUUGUCAAUGUGGUUAUGAUGAACAUUGUUGUCGCUGUCCUGUUGGACGAGUUCAUCUCAACGGUCGAGCGGGAGAGACAGGAAAAGACUAGUCAGGAGGAGCAGAAAACUGCCGACGUCUCAAGGACCUUCCGUGACAAGGGCCCGUUGGAUCCGCUUGUUUUAAGUCUCAUGGACUUCGGCACACUGGAGGAGUUGUCUUCCAAGAUCUCCCAGCUCUAUCAGACCAUCGACCUCGAUGACUCUGGGUCUGUCGACCUUGCAGAGCUCAACGUGGGCUUAAAGAAACUGAGCCUUGAUCCUCCGGUUUCUCUCACAGAGGAGGAGUUCUUCUACCUCACAGACUCUAGAAAACUUCUCAACUCCGAUGGUGAGCUCGGCCUAGCUGGGUUCGAGCAAAUCAUCUUGAAGCAGAUGUCAAACUACGUCCACCGCAAGGUCUCAGUGGCCCUCAAGAGCGAGACGCACGAGUUCAAUCAGAACGUCAUGCUCCUGCUCAAGUCCCUCCUCUUCUCCGUCGACAAGAUCAACAACCCCCUCUUCAACGCCUCCAAGUCAGCUCGCAAGUCGAAGCAGGAGAUCGUCCGCAAGCUCUUCUACUCUACUCUCAUCCGCUCCUUCUCGCACUGGAAGGCAGCUGUGCCGUCGCUCGACGACCUGGAGGAGAACAAGAACCAAGGCUGCGACCUGAGGCUUUCAGCGGGGAUCGAGCGGAUAGAGGCUAAGGUCUCAGCCAUGGCAGUCAGGAUGGCGAAGGUCUCCACGAGGCUCGGGUCCUUGGAAAGGAAUCGCUCAGAGUCGAACCUCAACGAGGAGAUCUUGAAGACGAUGCAGGAGCAGAUCGCAUCCAUGGCGCACAUGAUGGAGCUGAUGUGCCAGCAGCAGUUCGGCUCCACCCCCUUGGAUCUCAAUGGCCAGCAGGACAGCUCAUCGCGUUCGCAGAAGCCGCUGCCAGCUGCCGGAGGCUCCAGGAUGGUGGAGGAAGUGAAUCAACGUCUAACCACAGGCUACAUCCUCGUCGACAAGUAUGAGCCCCGUGGCGCCUCAAGAGCAACUUUGCGCGACCCCAACAAGGCAACGUCAGCUGCCGACAUUCAGCUGAGAGAUCGGAGGGCGACUGACUCGACGCCCGGCCGAAGAUCUACAGCAAAUCAUCGAGAAAGGACGGAAGAUCUUUGA